AAAGGUGCAUCCAGAAUAAGGGCCCUUCCCCUUUACGGCUGCCGCACAGUUAUAUGUUCUCAGGAAUGGGUGUCCGCGCGUUUACCGCGGUUCUUGACAACUGGUGAAAUGCCGAACGGCAGCCGCUGCCCGGACUGCGGCUCCUCUGAGCUCGUGGAAGACUCACAUUAUACUCAGAGCCAGCUGGUGUGCUCCGAAUGCGGUUGCGUGGUCACCGAAGGGGUCCUUACUACCACCUUCAGCGACGAAGGCAACCUCAGAGAAGUGGCAUAUUCUCGAAGCACAGGGGAAAACGAACAAGUCAGUCGCAGCCAGCAACGAGAUCUCCGUCGGGUAAGAGACCUGUGUCGAAUUCUCAAGUUGCCACAAACAUUUGAGGAUACAGCAGUCUCCUACUACCGAAAGGCCUAUCAGCUGUCGGGCAUUCGUGCUGCCAGGCUCCAGAAGAAGGAAGUGCUAGUUGGAUGCUGUGUCUUAAUAACCUGCCGGCAACAUAACUGGCCCCUGACCAUGGGAACCAUCUGUGCCUUGUUGUAUGCGGAUCUGGAUGUGUUUUCCGGCACCUACAUGCAGAUAGUGAAGCUCCUGGAGCUGGAUGUGCCCUCUCUGUGCCUGGAAGACUUGGUGAAGUCUUACUGCGGCAGCUUCAAACUGUUCCAAGCUUCCCCAUCCAUGCCACCCAAAUACGUGGAAGACAAAGACAAGAUGCUGUCUCGAACCUUGCUGUUGGUGGAGCUGGCAAAUGAGACAUGGCUAGUGACUGGGCGGCAUCCCUUGCCUAUCAUCACUGCAGCCACCUUCCUGGCAUGGCAGUCUCUGCGGCCUUCAGAUCGACUGACGUGUUCUCUUGCCCGGUUUUGUAAAUUGGCAAAUGUGGACCUGCCCUACCCGGCUGCCUCUCGUCUGCAGGAGCUCCAGGCUGUGCUGCUUCAGAUGGCCAGCCAGCUUGCCUGGUUACAAGUUCUUAAACUUGAUAAGCGGUCAGUAGUGAAACACAUUGGAGACCUUCUCCAGCACCGCCACAUACUGCUCCGAAUGGCUUUUCGAGAUGGAACAGAGGUGGUGGAGACCGAGGAAUUACAGCAGCAGGGGCAAGGACAGCAAGAAGAGGUAGAGGAUGGUGCCUUGGAUUUGCCCAAGAAGAAGCGUCCUGCCAGUCCUGCCCUUCUCCUUCCACCCUGCAUGUUGAAGCCCCCCAAACGGACCCAUCCCACACCCCCUGUUUCUGUAGUGACUGGAGACGAGAACAUUUCUGAUAGUGAGAUAGAGCAAUAUUUGCGAACCCCUCAGGAAGUUAGAGACUUUCAGAGAGCCCAAGCUGCUAGCCAGGCAGCCAUGAGUGUCCCUAACCCUCCCUGAUGCACAUUCUGUGAGGUGUAUUCAAUUCUGCCUACAGCUUAUUGAAAGGCCUGUUGUAUUGCAAGAAGUAUGACCCUUGGAUAUGCCUUUCUCGUUUAAAGGGACCAAGAGUAGCAAGAUGGGAGGUGUAUAGGAUGUCAGCAGGGGCAAAAGUCCUGUCCCUUGGUGCAGUUGAGCGAGUUGGUCAUCUACAGCUGGGAUGGAUUAUUCCUAAGGUUCUUCCUGUUGAAGAAUCUGCCCAGUUCUGUUCUGCCCUAGUAUGAAGUAAAUGUGUCGCUGUUGUGAAAGAGCUGGCAUUCCUGGUGAUAUCAAGCAUUCCAUGAGCAGGCACCCCAAUUCCUAGCCCCUGUCUAGUGUAGGCUCUAGUUUUGAAUAUUCCUAAGAUCGUCUACAUUAACAAAAGGACCAUGGCUGGACUACGGCUGUCGCUCAAAGGGCUUUGCAAGAUUUUAAUAUAUUAAAACAAAGAGGCAUCUGCUGGAAAACAUUCUAUUGUAUAAAACCAGAACUUUAAAACAUG